AGUUACAUUUUAAGGGUUUUCUGUAGCCUUCUGUGAAGAUCAGGCACCAUAUUGAUGGGCUCUGAGCCAAGGAGUAGGAAUUUAAACUGCUGGGCUAACUGCCAGAGCUCACACAGGCACUUUCUCCAUCUCCUACCAGUCAGACUGUUUCAGUCAGCACCUAAAGGCCUGCUGAAGUGCAGCCGGUUUCGUCCUGCUGGAAUACAGCCUGGGGAGCAAGACCUCCCUUGGUGCCAGCCUGGAACAGCUACUGGAACUUCAAGCUCCAUGUGGGAAACCAGAAGUGCUGCUUGGAACCCAAGGCUGCAGAAGAAAGCAAAGCUGAGUCAGAGUGUUAAAAGGUUCAAACGUGGGCAUUGCCCCAGGCGUGGUUGCUGUUGCUGCCCUGGGAAGAUGUCUUGACAGGACACUAACUCCCUUCAGUGAUGGGCUGUGGGACAAGCAAAGUGCUGCCUGAGCCCCCCACAGACGUGCAGCUAGACCUGGUGAAGAAGGUGGAGCCUUUCAUGGGCCACAGUGACAUCUACAAGCACUUCAUCAGAGAUGAACCUGGGUCUGUCACCAGAGCUGGCUGUCCUUCCCCCCCGCAGUACGCUCAGCCCUGCCCUGGCAGCCCCCUGCCUGCCCAGUCCACGCAGCCUGAGCCCCGCCGGAACAAGGUGGCCAAGUACCGUGCCAAAUUUGACCCCAGGGUGACGGCCAAGUACGACAUCAAGGCCUUGAUUGGCAGGGGCAGCUUCAGCCGCGUGGUGCGGGUGGAGCACAAGGCCACCAAGCAGCCCUACGCCAUCAAGAUGAUCGAGACGAGGUACCGUGAGGGGCGGGAGGUGUGUGAGUCGGAGCUGAGCGUGCUGCGCCGUGUGCGCCACACCAACAUCAUCCAGCUUAUCGAGGUCUUCGAGACCCAUGACCGCGUCUACAUGGUGAUGGAGCUGGCCACCGGUGGGGAGCUCUUCGACCGCAUCAUCGCCAAGGGCUCCUUCACCGAGCGGGAUGCCACGCGCGUGCUGCAGAUGGUGCUAGACGGGGUCAGGUACCUGCACACUCUGGGCAUCACCCAUCGUGACCUGAAGCCCGAGAACCUGCUCUACUACCACCCGGGCACAGACUCCAAGAUCAUGAUCACGGACUUUGGGCUGGCGAGUGCGCGGAAGAAGGGAGAUGACUGCCUGAUGAAGACCACCUGUGGGACACCAGAGUACAUCGCCCCUGAGAUCCUGGUCAGGAAGCCCUACACAAACUCUGUGGACAUGUGGGCGCUGGGCGUCAUCUCCUACAUCCUGCUGAGUGGCACCAUGCCCUUCGAGGAUGACAACCGCACCCGCCUGUACCGCCAGAUCCUGAAGGGCAAGUACAGCUACUCAGGAGAGCCCUGGCCCAGCGUGUCCAACCUGGCCAAGGACUUCAUCGACCGGCUGCUGACGGUGGAGCCCGGGGACAGGAUGACUGCGCUGCAGGCGCUGAAGCACCCCUGGGUGGUCAGCAUGGCAGCCUCCUCCUCCAUGAAGAACCUGCACCGCUCCAUCUCGCAGAACCUGCUGAAGAGAGCCUCCUCCCGCUGCCAGAGCACCAAGUCGGCGCAGUCCACCCGCUCCAGCCGCUCCACCCGCUCCAAUAAGUCGCGGCGGGUGCGGGAGCGGGAGCUGCGGGAGCUGAACCUGCGCUACCAGCAGCACUACACCGGCUGAGCCCUGCGCCGCCCGCGCUCCGCUCCCUGCCGUGCGGCUCCGCGGCCCUGCGCGCACCCUGCCGGGCGCUGCCUUGCCCCUGCGCACAGGAUGCCAGCCUGGGCAGGCUGGAGACCUGGGCAGAGGGCAACCUCGUGAAGGUCAAGCAGGGCAUGUGCGGAGUCCUGCGCCUGGGCAGGAGCAACCCCCUGCAGCAGAGGGUGACCUGCUGGAGAGCAGCUCCACAGAGAAGGACCUGGGAGUGCUGGGGGACAAGGUCACCAUGAGCCAGCAAUGUGAUUUCGGGGCCAAGAAGGCCAAUGAGGUCCUGGGGUGCAUGCAGAAGACUCAGCAGGUCAAGGGAGGUUCUUCUCCCAUCUAUUCUGCCCUGGUGAGGCCACACCUGGAUUCCUGGGUCCAGUUCUGGGCUUGCCAUUCAGGAGAGACAGAGAACUGCUGGAGAGAGUCCAGAGGAAGCCACAAAGCUGCUGAGAGGCCUGGAGCAACUCCAUGAGGAGCAAAGGCUGAGAGCCCUUUGGCUGGGAGCCUGCGGAAGAGCAGCCUCAGAAGGCCUCUGAGCAGUGUUCAGCAAGAGCUAAAGGACCUGUGGGGUGCAAGAGGCUGGGGCCAGACUCUUGGCAGUGGUACCCAGGGGCAGGACAAGGGCCAGGGGGCACAAACUGGCACCCAGGAGGUUCCAUCUGAGCAGCAGGAGAAAGUUCCUUGGUGUGAGGGUGCUGGAGGCCUGGAGCAGGCUGCCCAGAGAGGCUGUGGAGUCUCCUCUACUGAGCUUCCAUUCCCCUCAGGGCACUGUGUUCCUGGGCAAGCUGCUGUGGGUGCCCUGUUGGAGCAGGGGCUUGGAGUGGCUGAUCCCCAGAGGUCCCAGCCUCUGCUAUUUGGUGAUUCUGUGAAUCUCAUGGUGUCCUUCCCACCCUGUGAGCUGUGCCAUGGGGUCUCUUGCAGGAACCAGGAUGAGAGCCUCCAGUAAAACAGAAAUGAUGGAACCA